CACAUGCAUACACAGGUGCCGCACUUCACCUUUUUUCUUAGAAAAAAAGAAAUAAAAGUAAGUAAUUCUGACCAACAGCCUGGUAGAUUUAGAUAGCCCUUACACUCAUCUUACGCUGUCCGAUUGGCGCGUCAAUCAAAAAUCAUGUGUGGCCCAUACUAUGCAAUUCUACAGGUGUUUACCAGCCAAAGAAUAGACCAGCUCGGAAAUUGCCCCGUACACUUUACAACUGGGAAAUAACUAGCCGUCGGCUCGGAAACGCUUCAACUGGGAUGAUUUAUUAUCUGUUACGCGGAUAACAUAUAACGUUUGGUUAGAUUUGAAAAAUACGGCAAAUUACUUAAAGUUUGUAUGCAUAACUUACUAAGAAAGAAAUCAAAGCAAAUGCCAUCGAUGGGUUAUUUCAUCUAGCUUUGUCAGUCCUACGUCAAUGUUUACGAAAAUCCUGUACACCAGAAUGACAGUGACAAAAAGAUGUCAGCAGGUCCAUUAUUUGUUCUGCGGGGUCUUCCCCAUCUGGAACAUACCAUAACGCCAUUUCCUGUAGAUUGUUGCGACGGCUUCGUCACUGCUUGCCGGCUGACGUGCAUGUACGGACCUAUGGUACAUUAUGGUAUUGAUCUCUGGGCGGGGCUUAGCCAAACCCCACAAAGCACUGAUGACCGUAGGAUACAGUAUAAGUAGUGUGCGGUUGUUCCGAGCUGGUCAGAUCGGUAGAUGUGAAAAUCGCGGGUAGGAGAUUUUCUAGAGAGUUCUGUAGUAGGUCUACGUGGGUGUGCGUUCUUCUACAACAGUUAUUGAGCUAAUUCCUUGGUAAAUCGAGAGACACCAUCGAGGCUUUUAUCGGCUUACGUGGAGAGACUACCAGCGAUGAACUGAAGAGAGGUAAGCUCUCCAAGUUUUUUUGUCGCCGUCAAAAAUCGGAAGCUGGUGCGCUCGUCCUGCCUUGCGUAUUAGAAAGAUAAAAGGAAUGGUGAGCAGUUCUCUUUUGAACUCUUCUCAAGACUCAAAAGACAGGAUUGAUUCAACAGGCUUGGUGGAUCAGGUAGUGCUGGCGGCGUGGCACUCAAGUGACGACUACAGAAAUCGCACUAAUCUGACUCAGAAGGCUUUCCAGUGGGCCAGCAUGGGGACUUCUAGUGACGACGAUGUCGGAGAACCGCCGAAAUGGGCUCUGGUAAUCGUGGCGGUCAUCUUCUCCACCAUUGCACUGACCGGCAUCCUAGGCAACGGGACGGUCAUCAGGAUCGUGUGGUCAAACAAAACAAUGAGAAACGUCCCGAACAUUUUCAUCGCAAGUCUGGCCAUGGCCGACCUCCUGGUUCUGGUCAGCUGCGUGCCGAUCACCGUGGCUAACUACUUCCUCGGGGAGUACGUUUUCGGCGACAUCAUGUGUAAACUGACGCCAUUUGUCCAGUUCACGUCCAUCGGAGUGUCCAUCUUCACGCUGACGGCCAUGAGUUACGACCGCUACCGAGCCAUCGUCAAGCCGAUGAGUCUCCAGGCUAAUCACGCGCUCAGACGUACAAACAUCUUGGCCGUUUCCAUCUGGAUAGGAAGCAUGUGUCUGGCCAUUCCGGACGUUGUCUUCUCAAAGGUGGUAGAACUCAACAUCACAACCUUUAACGAUACAAACCCUAACGACACGUCUGUGAUAUUCCUGCGCUCCUGUGCUCCGUUCCCGAUGGAGUACAAACCGCUCUACCCCCAAGCUAAGGCUCUGGUACAGUUUACAGUGAUGUACUGUAUCCCACUCAUCACCAUCGGAGUCUUCUACGUCCUGAUCGCCCGUCACCUCAUCCUCUCCGCACGGAACAUGCCCUGUAAGAACAUGUCGACGGUUCGACAACUGGAGGCGCGCAAGAACGUCGCCAAGACCGUGCUGAUCCUCGUGGCCAUCUUCGCCCUGUGCUGGCUGCCCGUGCACAUCGUCAACCUGUGGCUCUGGUUCUCCUGGGGGAACUCUCCCCUCCCACCCCCACCCCUGGUGCAGUUCGCAGGCAUGGUCGUGUCACAGGGACUCAUGUACUCCAACUCCUGUGUCAACCCCUUCGCGCUCUUCCUUCUCAGCAAGAGUUUCCGCGACCUCUUCAAACGGUACCUGUUGUGCUGCUGCAUCACCGAGGCAGAGCGUAAGAAACAGUUGGAGGAGAACGCGAUGAGGACACUGAGAUAUACGGCCCUCCGUCGGACUGUCACCACCACCAACAAUACCGGCAUGACACGAGCGGACACGUGCUUGUCAACCAUGACAGUCCUCUAGACACAGAUCUAACCCUCACGAGACUGAAACAAUUCGUGACCUUUCCUCAAAUGGUGAGCGAUGGUUCUACUUAUGUACUUGACACUUGAUCUUUUCCCAGAAUCUAACAAGAAAGAUCAAACGCACACAUUCACAUGGUCAGCAACAAAAACAGAAAUGAGUUGCAACUUAGGGAAACAGUUACCAAAAGAUCUCACAUUUGCCAUCUAUGAAUCAAGGUAUCGAUUGCUUAAAAGCCUUACAUAUUAACACUUUCAAUAGGAAUAUAAACCAUGUAAUGAGUCUGAUCAAUAAAGCUAAUUAAAGUAUAUUGCCCUAAGAAAUGACUGGCAAGACAUAUGUGCAGACCAAUUCAAAUAGUUUGAAUUCUAGUUUACACACUAUGUAGCUGAACUCAUACAAUGCGUACCUACGCAAAAUAAUCAAACAUUCCAAAAGGUUUGGCACCUAAGGAACAUACUGAAUACAAACGUAAUGUGUUUUAGACAAUGACAAUAACGACCCAUAAGAUUUUGAGGCUUUCGAAGCGCUCAACAAAAGAAGUAAAUCUCACAUUGAUUACGCCGUCCGUGGUGUCUUUGUACAUUUUAAAUCACCUUUAGUAAGCAGAGAAAAACAACGGUCACAAAUUGAUUAAGUGUUUAUCAAAAUUAAACGGGCAUAAUUUGGGACCAGGGUUCAUUUACAGUAUAUAGAUGUCCAAAUUGAUGGAACGGUUAUUGAUUGUAUGUAUGUAGAAAAGAAAUUGAAUAUGUUGAGGAAUAACUGCAGGAACACUAACCAGGAUGAAGCUUGCGUCUCUGUCCCACAUUUAAGACCUUCCCACGACCCGGCUUUGAAUAUGACUUUCCCGACUUUAGUUUUUCAAAAUUCAUAGUCAUUUGGUGCAGAGGACAUUUAAAGACUUGUAGGCAUCUUCUCGUACCAACUCCCAGCCAUAGAUGACAUUCCUUACGACUAACUCCCUACGAUGGUCAGGGGAAUGUCGGGAGGCCAUGGUUGGCUGUGCGACAGUACAGAAGCUUGACCAAAAUCUAGCUGGAAUAAAACGACUACCUUUUAGAUUAGCCAAAGGAAAUUGUACAGAAUAUGUAGUUGUAAUAUUUUCUUAGACUACAGCACACAAUCUCAUACAAUCUCCAUUUCUCACACACACCAUGUAAAAGAGAUGACAUCAUAGAACCCCAUGGAUCUGUAUAGUUGAGGUGCAAUCUGUGUAUAUUUCCGUCGAUCAGUGACUGAUAUCCAUGUAAACUUUGAGUGAUACCAAAUGCCUUUGUGUAGAUUUUUUGGCGUGAUAGAUGGCAUCUCCGCAUAGAUACGACAUCCAUGUAUAGCUUUACCCAGGGUUUAAUCUUACAUGCUUACUACUCUUGAUUGUUUCAACAAAAUACUUUGAUGAGUACAGUCAAAUUGUGAUUUUGAAAGAAAGUACCUGUAUAAUCAGAAAAUAGACAAAACGAGUGAGGACCAAAACGAUGUCUAUAAUGUUAUGACUGCACUGCAAGAAAUGUCGGUGCCCUGUGAAAAGUUAUUGCUUUGAUUACUUUACGUCUUUGGACAAUACGGGCAAAUUGAUAUAAAAUGUGACAGUUACUCCACCGAGGUGACUUCCUGGGCUUUGUGAAAUUGACCGGUUACUGCCCAAUUGUGUACGAUAUUUGUGUGGACUUUUCAACCGAUUUGUGAUUGUCCAAGUGUACCAUAACAGCCUACAUGUGCCAUAAUGUCAAGAUGGGUAAUAUACUGUAUUUUGGCCAUGUUGUGCUGAGCAGUGUAGUAUGUGAAGCGAUGUAUGAUGAUGUACACAAAAUAGAUAAUUGUAGAAAUAUGUACUGAUCAGUAAGGCUUGCUGUUUUGUUAACAUACAUAUUCGAAGGACCAACUGUAAAGAUAGUCGUAUAUGCUGUAGUUCACUGUGAGAUAUAUUUCAUCCUUGUCGGAUCAGUGUAGUUUACUAUGAGAUAGAGAAGGUAUGUUAUAAAGUCAAGUUGUGUAUAGAAAUUCAAGAUAUGACUACCGCGUUGUAUUUAAAAUUAUAUUUUUGUCUAGUAAUUAAAUCUAAGAGAAAGUGUAAGGCGACCAUAUGCAUAUCACCAUGUAACAGAUAUACAUGUGUACUGGUAUACUAUAUUAUUACCUUCGCCAAGAAGGUUAUGUUUUCGGCAGCAUUCGUUUGUGCGUCUGUUCGUCUGUAUGUCUGUCAAUACGAAAACCCGAGAAUGCCUGGAUGGAUUGUUGAAAUAUUUGAUUUUGGCCCCUUAUGGAGAGGUUUUCUAUGGUACAGCAGUGGAACGUGUCGUUUUGAUAUCUCGUGUUCUGGACAUAAAUAAUCUCUUUUUGUUUAUCAAUAAUCAGACUCUAACAUUUCGGCUUCAAAAUGAUUGUCGGCAGAC